UUAAACUAUUAAUUAUUAACAGUUCAUCUACAAAGCCGCACAACAAUAACGCGUCAGUAGCAAUAAACAUUUGUUUAAACAAAUAAAUUAAUAUUUUUAAUAUUUUUAAACAACAACAAUGAAUUUUAAUAAAAUAUUCGUUUUCUUUGCUUUGAUUUUGUGUGCUUUUGUGGCUCAAAGUCAAGGUAGUUGGUUGAGUAAGAUUGGCAAGAAAAUUGAACGUGUUGGUCAACAUACUCGUGAUGCUACCAUCCAAACUAUUGGUGUUGCCCAACAGGCAGCUAAUGUAGCUGCAACUUUAAAGGGUUGAUUUAAUAAAACAAUUAAUUGGUCGAAGUUGUCAAGUAUUAUGGAUUAUAAAUAAGUAAUUUAUAUUAUUUAUUAAAGCAAACGUAAAUAUUUAAACUGACUGAUAUUAAUUUAAAGAAAUUUAUAAUUA